AUGAGCGAGGCGGCUGCGACGCAGCUCGACGAGCGCUUGAGUGAUGCGCAACGGCUGCUGGAGAAGUGGUGUCAGCCUGGUGCGCUGACGCUCCCUGAAGUCAAGGCGCGGCUGCCGUCGCGUGAUGCGCCGUACGAAGAGCACACGCAGCCAGACGAUGCAUGGACAGGCUUCCGUGUGCGGCGCAGGCUGCCGAUACCCGGGAUGGUGUUUGAGACCAUCACAAGUCGUGCGCCUGUGGCUACGCUGGCCCUGUUUCCCGAGAUUGCGCGUGCCUGCAUCACGGUGGAGAAGCGCUUGUAUUUGUGGGACUAUGCCCGCGGGGAGCAUGCGUUUGAGUUUCACGAGCUGCCGAGCGACGAUCUGAUUUUGUCCGUCGGCCUCGUGCGCGCGCGCCCGGGCGUGUUUGUCGAUACGAUCCAGCAUGUGCUGGUGCUCUCGAUCGGCCCGACGGCCGUCGAGGGCCGCCGCGUGGUGCUGCUGGGUAUCCAGACCACGGACACCGGCAUCAAGCUGUACGAGACGGGCAUGCAGGCCUCGACGAAUGGCGUCGUGAUGCGCUCGAUCCACGGCACAGACACCGGGCGCGUGUUCUGUGUCGGCAGCGACCAUUGUGUGCACGAGCUCGUGUACCAGGCGCAGGAGGGCUGGUUCUACUCGCGGUGCUACCUGCACAACAUCACGCAGCCGCACCUCGCCAACCUGCUCCCUUCGUUUUUCAAGGCGGACAAGAAGAUAUCCAUGGUGUCCGUCGACAAUGCGCGGCGCCUCCUGUACGUGUUGCGCGACGGCGACCAGAUUGACGUGUACGCCCUGGGCCAUGGGCGUGUGCCAUCGCAUACCGGCAGCAUGUACGGCGUGACGCGCCAGGCGGGGCUCCUGCACUCGCAGCAGCAGGUCGGUCCGAUCAUAUGGCUCGGCCCGACCGAGCCGGACCCGCGCUCGAGCGUGUGCCUCGUGGCGGUGACGGAGCGCGGCUACCGUCUGUACCUCGACGACUUCCAGCGCCGCUCGUGGGCGCAGCUGGCCGUGCGCAUCCCGCCCGGCACGCAGCCGUGCCGUGCGACGUCGGCGCUGUACGCGGACGGCGUGUUUCUCUGCGCCUGUGCGAGCGGCAGCGACGCCCAGCUGUACGCCGUCGGGCCGUCGACGCCGGCGUCGAACACGACCCUGACGUAUGCCUCCGGCAUGCAUCCCGCGUGGCAGGAGGGCGCGACACUCAUUCCGCUCGGCGUCGGCGGCGCACCGCCCGUGCUGGCCGAGGCCCCGCACCACACGCUGCUGCACGGCGCCGUCAGCCGGCCGUGUGCGGCGCAGGUCAUGGCGCCCGCGCGCACGUUCUACGUGCUAGAUGCGAACGGCCUGACCGAGAUCGUGGAGCGCCGCCCCGCCGACGUGCUGAGCUAUCUCUUGCUCGGCAGCGCCGCGUCCGUCGCCUCCGUCGCGUCGGCGCCGGCCAUGGUCGACUUUUUCAGCCGCCACGGCCCAGUGGAGGCGUGUAUGUGUGCCUUGGCCCUGGCGGCGCAGCAUCCGUACAUGGCGACGAGUCGGCCGGACGACGUGGCGCAUGCGAUCCGGGUGUUCUUCGGACCGCUGGGCGCGUGGCCGGCAGAGCAGCGAGUGCCGGCGCCGCUGCACGCGCCGCGCUCCGCGCGCCUCGAGGCGCUCGCGUGCUACCUGGCGUGCCUCGUGCGCCCCGUGUGGCUCGAGCCGCUCGUGCCGGCUGCCUUUGUGGACGCGAAGCCGUCGGGCGCGCCGCCAGUCGUGGGGCGCCUAGCGGGCGUGCUCACGCAUCUCGCGCCGCUGCACGCGUUCCUGCAGCGGCACACGCAGCUGUUUGACGACGAGCGGGCGGAGCGCCUCGGUGCGCUGCUCACUCGCACGAUGGAGGCGUGUCACUUUGUCUUGUUCCUCGCCGACCACCACCUGGGCCCGCUGGCGCAGGCGCUCUCGCCGGGAAUGCGCGCGAAGCUGACGUCGCUGACGCUCGCGGGACUUGUCGCGACGAGCGAGGGCCGCAGCGUGGCGCAGGCGCUGGUCACGGCGCUCAUCGAGUCGCAGAGCGGCGCGCGCGCGAGUGUCGAUGCGAUUGCCGAGGCGCUCCAGGCGCAGUGCGCGAGCUUCUGCAGCGCCGACGACGUGCGGCAGUACAAGGCGUCCGAGUGCCUGCGCCACGCCGUCGAGCUGGAUGCGCGGCUGCGGGCGGAGAGCAGCGAUAGCACGGCGGUGACGGACGAGCUGGCGCACAGCCUUCGGCUGCUCCUGCCGGGCGCGGCGCAUCUGCCGUGGGACAAGUUCGAGCACGUGUGCACGACGUACGAGCAGCUGCGGUACGCGACGGGCGUCGUGGCGCUCGGCCUGGCGAGUGCGCACGCGGUCGACCCCGCCGAUGCGGCCGUGUCGUUCCGUGCCGAUGGGUGCCCCGCGGACGAGCCGAUGUCGCACCGCCAUGCCAUGUACGCGCUGCGCCGACGCAUCUAUGCGCUCGUGCUGCGUGCGCUGCGCGACGAUGCGGAGGCGAUGCGGCAGGCGCUCGCGAGUGACGAUGCGCUGUUCCACGAAGAGCUGUACACGUACAUGAUCGCGCAUGGCAAGACGUCCGAGCUGCUGAGCACGCCGACGCCGUUUCUCGAAGACUUCUUGCAGGGCACGCCCGUGCUCCUGGACGGCCAGUCGCUCGAGACGUACGAGCGCCGACUGCGCGACCUGCUCUGGCAGUGGUACGUCCGCCAGGGCGAGUACCUCGCAGCGGCCCAGACGCUGGAUGCGCUGGCGCACACGGACACGUACGCCCUGCAUCUGUAUGAGCGCAUCGAGUACCUCGCGCUCGCGGUGGGCAACGCCAAGUCGGUGCGUCAGACGGCCGCGUACGAUCUCGUCGGAUUCGCGACGCAGCUCGAAGAGGACCUGGAAGUCGCGCAAGUGCAGGCCAAGAUCCUGAGCGCGCUCCCACCCGUCGAGACGCUCGAGCUCGAUGACACGCGCGAGCAUACGCGCGAGACGGCGGCGCUGCUGGAUCGCUCGCUGAUGGACAUCACGACGCUGUACCGGCACGUGGCUGAGCCGUUUGGGCUCCUCGAGGAGCAGCUGCUGAUCCUGCACACGGCGCAGUACCAUGACGCCAGUCUCGUCGCGUCGCUGUGGGAGGCGCUCGUGGCGCGCGAACACAAUGCGAGUGCGCCUGCGCAGGCGCAUCGCGCCGUGGCCGCGCUCGUGACGGACGUGUACGUGCGCCUCGGCGGCUCGCACAUUGCGUGUGCGGUCGACAUUGUGCUGUCGCUGCUGGAGCGGUACGCGUACGAUACGUAUGUGGUGGCGCAGCUGGGCGAGCAGCCGGCGCCGUCGUCGCUGCACUGGCACGCGUUUACGAAAGGCGCGGGGCUGCCGCCCGGAUGGGCGCCGCGCGUCCUGCUCGAGGCGGGCGCGCCGCCUGACGCCCUCUUCCACGUUCUGCAGGGCCUGCUCUCGACGGCGCCCGCACCGUGGAACACGCACACCGGCGUCGGAUACCUCCUCCCCGACUUGGCCGACUUGGUCGACGCCUGGCUGCGCCGCGCGGAGCACGACCGCCACGUGCGUUUCCCCGCACACGAAGUCGAGCAGGCGCUGAACGACGCCGUGCUCCAGCUCACGACGCGCCGAUUCACACGCACAGACGAUGCGCUGGACGCACGGAUCGAGCACAUCCAGGCGCUCGUCCACCGCGUUCGUCGUCGCUUUUAG